AUGAAAAAAUCUAUAUCCGCUGAUAGAUGAUUCCAGCUAAACCAGCGUGCAAACCGCUUUUUUGCCCAAACCCACUGCGCCACUGCACAAGUGAUAUUGCCAUUAAAUACAUACACUUAUAUCACACGUAUGACGUAUAUGUAUGUAUCUAUAUUCUAUAUAUAUGUCAUAUCCAUAUCCUGCAAGUCUCAAGAUUUCAAUACCCAUCUUCUUCUUCUUCUACAUAUAUACAGCAGGCAUGGAAGACAGGCAGAUGAAUGAUACAUGCAUGAUGACGACAACAGAUGAGUUCAUGACGUUGGAAUUGAUAAGCCAAUACCUCCUCGGGGACUUUGCUUCCACUGAAGCAUUCAUCGGAAACCUCGGCUUCUGUUUUCCCGACGACGACUUCAACGACUACCGGCCGUUUUCCGGCUCCGAUAAGCCGGAAUCUUCUACUUCCGUUUCGGACUCGGUCUCUCCCGUUCCGGACCUAAAGCGACCUGAAUCGCCGGUCUCACGUUACCUCAACCUGGAGCUCGAUUUCCCCGAGUUCGAAACCAAACCCGAUAUUAUUGUUCGCUCCACUCCCGAUUCAAGCUCGACAACGCAGAAUUCCGCGGGUGCAAACAAGGAAUCCGGUAACGGCGGGAAGGGGAGGCGUUACAGAGGAGUUCGGAGGAGGCCGUGGGGGAAGUUCGCGGCGGAGAUCCGAGACCCGACCCGGAAAGGAUCGCGAAUCUGGUUGGGAACUUACGAUACCGACAUUGACGCUGCUAGAGCCUACGAUUGUGCUGCGUUCAAGAUGAGAGGUAGGAAAGCAAUUCUCAACUUCCCGUUGGACGCCGGAAAGUCGGGACCGCCGGUGAACCACGGCCGGAAUCGGAGGAAAGAGAUCAAAUCCCGAGUGAAAGAGGAGAUAUUUUGAAGACUUGAGAUCAGUUUAGCAGUUUGAAUGCCAAUUAUAGAUUUGUGGAUCUAUAAAACUACGGAAGUACGUAAUUGAAAGCAGCAUAGUGUGGAAUUAUAUUUCAAGUAGAAUAUUAGCAUAUAGUCUGUGCAUUAUACUGUACUAUUUACCACUUUGAUAAUAAUAAAUGCAAUUUGUAAAUUAUAAUAUGAGAGUGAACAAAAAAUGUGUUC